CACUAUACACUGUUAAAAAAAAAUCGUUUUUUUUUCCUCAUAACAAACAAAGCCCUAAUUUAUCGAUUUGGGGGAAUCGAAACGCCGAGGCAUUUGGUAUUAUUCAAUAACAUCGCACUCCUCUCGUUCCUCAUCCUCAUCGCCAUAGCUCAGCUUCUUCUUUUUUCUCCGGAUCUGCAUCUCCGUCGACGACGCCGAUCAAGAUCAAUCAGGAUAACUUUGUUUUUGAGAAGAUGUCUGCUGUAUCCAAGAGUAAGUCAAGAGACAAGAAAGUUGUGAAUGAUUCACAGAAGACACCAAGCCAAAUCUUAGGAUCCAUAGGUGCAACUACUGGUGGUGCUUACAAUCCUCUCUUAGGGACUUUUCAAACCGUUGAGACACUGAAUGGUUCCUCAUCGCUUCACAACAACGGCCGUUUCAGAAGCAUUGAUGACUCGGAUUCAACCGGAGCCGACUGUGAUUCCGUCUCUAAUAACGGUAGCUGGUCAGGUGAUUCGGAGGAUCACAAAGAGAAAGUACUACCUACUACAGCUACCGCAAAGCAAGAAGCCAUUCCCGGAGCAGCUGAUAAUGAUAAGCGAGAGAAGAUGCGGCUGAAGAACGAGAGAAAGCACCAGCGGCAGAAGGAGAAGCGAGCUCUGGAGUUGCAUGAGCGGUGCUGUCAGUUUCUGAUGUCGAGGAAACUUGAAGUUCUCGUUCAGCAGGUGCAGGUCAUAGUGAUGGGGGUUUCUCAUGAGCGUGCGACUUACGCUCUGAUGUUGAAUGAAGGGAAGCUAGAAGAGUCUGUUAAUUGGCUGCUUGAUGAUAGUGGGGCGAGUGUAGCUGAUACGAAACUAGAUCCCGCCCCUGGGAACUUGAAGCUUGACAUAUCGCAAGAGCUGGGGAGAAUCUUGGAGUUGGAAAGGGAAUACAAGUGCGCCAAGCAGGAUGUAGAAAAGGCUGUGGUUACAGCGGAAGGGGAUAUUGAGAAAGCAGAGGAAUCAUUAAGAAGACAGAAGCAAGAAGAAUCUACUGCUUCUGUAAAAGCAGAGGAUGUUAGUGAUAAUGCGUCCGUUAGCAGAGCCCCUUCUGUGCAAGCGAUUCAAAACAGAAUAGCCCAGUUGCAACCUAACUCAGGUAUGUAUACUGCAGGGGGAGAAGAAUCUAGAAAGAGUCUCGGUUACCUUAGGGGAUCCAGCUAUGUUAAUGGAGAAUCCGGAAACCAAAGAGUAGAUAGAAUUCACACGGAAUUGCAGUGGUUGAAAAUGCAACAGAAUGCUGCUAUGGAAGAGAAGAAACGCAUGUUAAGUCAACAGACACAACUGCCACGGCCAAGAGAAGAAACGCAUUAUGUGUCGGCUCAAGGUAGUCAAUUCAAGAGACUUCAGCAGAGGGAACCAGUUAUGGCGAUGCAGCAACAGCAACAACGCUCUCAGUCAGCUAACACGAAUACCUUACCUGUCUCUACUAUGAACUCACCCUUUACCGUAUCAGCAGCAGCAGGAGGAGGCAGCGAUUGGUACUCUGCAAAUAGAUCUGAGGCGGCUCAGUCUAACGGGUACUUGCCCACAAGAACUCUCCCUCCUGGUGAUCUGAACUCAAACCUGAUGUACCAGCAACUUCAAUACCAACAGUAUCAAGGCCAGGUGAGCAACGGUCACAGAACGGCGGGGGGUUCUGCUUCUGUACAGCAUGCUGUGGCUCCAGCUGCUUCUCUUGGGCUCUUCUCGGGGUAUGGAUCAUCUUCAUCUGCGGUGGACUGGAACACGGAUGGGUCAGUGGGGCAUUCGGAUUACAACAAUAUUGAUUGGAGUUUAGACAGAGGCCUAGCUAGUCCGAAACCAAACCAACAACAGUACAUGGCUACGGCAUCCCCAUACGAAGCAAACAUGAAUGGAAGGACAAGAUCGAUGGGCAUGGCAAUGGGAGUGCAGGAAGCUGCUUUAGUUGGUAAUGGUAGAGAAUGGACAUCGCCGUUUGAGGGUAAAGAUCUGUUUAGUUUGUCUAGACAGUACGUGCCUCCUUCUCUUUGAAAGUGAAACUGCUUCUAGAAUAAAGAUGAUGAUGGAUGGGUAUGAGUUUGUGGUUACUAAAUGUUGCUUGCAUGUUUGCUCAAUCAUAAUGGGUGUUUCAAAUUUCCUAAUA